GAAUACCAGCACUACCUAGUUUUUACACAAUCAUAUGCGGAACAACACGGAUAGGGGUGUCAUGUAUUUAGCGGAAACCAUCCGUCUCGCUGCAGCGCUCCGCAUUAUGCCGAAUGAUAAUAAUUUUCUCUAUUGUACUUGCCAGCUUCUAUACACACACUGGCAGCCAUUUACCAUCUGCUAUUACCGGCAACGGAGAAUAUACAGAAAAUGUUUUAUAUUACCAUUGACGCAGCCGUUAUGUAAAUACAGCGGAUGCAGUUUUACCUGAUACCAUCACGUGUCGGUAAACCGAGCCCCAGUGCGCGCGCCACUUCAUAAUGCCGCUGACCAAGCUGCCGUGGAGUUUGUUUUAUCUGGCGCAUUAAUCGAUUUAUCCCAGCUCCUUCCACAAUACUAUCAGUGGACGCAAAAUGCCCUGAUUAAUAUAGACCUAUCCCGCAGCAGGACUGCGUUAUCCACGGGUUGUUUGAAUAAUACGUAGUGCUCGUAUAUAAUUUGCACAAUGGGUGCCCUUACCUUCGAUAUGGACAACAAGCCCGAGUCGGGUACGGCACGGCGGCGGAGCUCCUUCAAGUACACGCCCUCCAAGGAGGAUCUGCUGGCGGUGGAUAAUGAGAUCAGUGUCGAUGCAUUGCCCACGUAUUAUACGGCCAUUCGGAUGGUGCCCAUUAUGCUGUGCGUUGGGUUGGCCACCGGGACGGUGCAACCGGUGCUGACGGAGCUCAUUAAAAUCAGGACCUGCCAGGUGGAAUUGAAUUUUACCGAUGAAAUCUGUGAUCAUAUUAAUAAUCAUACACGGGAAGCGAAAGCCGUCCAGCGGGUAACAUCCCAGAUCAAGAUGUACGAGACGCUGAUCGACAGCCUUCCUGCCAUGUUUUUCUCACUAUUUUUGGGUUCCUGGAGCGACGAAUAUGGGCGAAAACUGCCCAUGAUGCUCCCUUUUGUUGGACUAAUCAUUGCGCAUGGAUUCACAUUAGUUAACACUUAUGUCCGCAUAUCGCCGUACUUCCUCAUGUUAACCCCAUUCAUUACGGCUGCCACCGGUGGAAUGAUUCUGGUCAAUGUCGCGGUCUUCAGCUUCGUCGGAGACUACACCAACGACCGCACCCGUUCGCCCAAUCUAGCCAUCGUGGAUGCCGCCCAUUUCCUAGUCCGCUUUGCCGGCUCGGCCAUUGGCGGCCAGUUGAUGCGCUUCGGCGAAUCCGUGCCCUUCUAUCUCGCCAUCAGUCUGCACGUGUGCUCGUUCUUAUACGUCUUCUUCGUAAUCCACGAGAAGCGCACUUUUAGAAACAUCAAGGAAUGCAAGAUGAGCGACGUCAUUACCUUUGAACGCGUGAAGGACAACUGGAGGACACUGAGUAAAAGACGGCCGGGACAUAAUCGGUUGUUUCUCUUGCUGAUCAUUGGAUGCAUUAUCAUAUCAGCUAUUUGUGUCAUUGGUGACAUGUCAAUCACGCAGCUGUAUUUGGAAUUCGAUCCAUUCAACUGGACGCUGCAGCAUUAUACCCUGUACAAUGCCAUUAACGGAGUGAUAGAGGGCGUGAUCAUGGUGCUGGUCAACAUAGUACUGCGCCGCUUCUUCACCAUUUCCGACACGAUGAUUGGAGCGAUUGCGUCACUGUCGGCGGUGAUGCAUUUAUUGUUCUACGGUCUUGCAACCAGUAGUACGCUGAUUUACGUUGCUGCCGGAGUUGGAGUACUCAAGAUGUUGGGCUUCGUCUCCAUCAAGUCGGUGACGAUCGCUCUGGUGGAUCGCGAUGAAAUCGGGAAGCUGAUGUCGACGAAGAUGUCGCUGAUGUCUAUCGCGCCAUUUAUCGGCGUCACCAUCUUUACCAACAUCUUCACGCACACCAACGAAUGGUGGCCGGGCUUCUGCUUCGUCCUGGGUGCGUGCAUGACCUCGCCCGUGGUCUUUGUCUUUCUUGCCUUUUACCUGGUGCAGCGCCGACAAGCCAAGUCGGCCAGUAGUACCGGCACAACCGUUAGCGCAGCAGAGAGUCUUGAUGACAUCAAGACUAAAGUAUGAACACAACCGGCUGUUCGUUCGAACCCUUUUUUUAAAGUUUCCUAUAACUGUUAGUACCGCAGCCUUUUCUGGCUAUGUACGAAAUACUCUGUUUUCUCUGCGCACCUAUUAUUAUGACAUUGUUGCAGUUAAGUAUGCAACUCAACAUGUGUGUGUAUGUUGUUAUAAACAUGGACCAAUCCGGCAGCAAAAAUUAUCUGCUGCAAUAUU